AUGAUCUGGCGAAGAAACUUUUUUCUGAACAUGUCAGGUAAUAAAAGAAUGCAUAGUUGUGAUAUAGGGGGUAAACUGAGAUAUUUUUAUAAUAAUUUGAAGAGAUACAAAGGCAUUUCGAGCGAAGCGGGGUUUCAUAGUACUAGGAUUGACGGGAAAGUUGAAGGGGGGAAGAACUCACAGCGUAUGUACUUUAGAAAUCAUAAUUUUAUUGAUUUCUUUCGAGAUGAAACUAGAAAUAUAGGUAUAAUAACGUUUAAAGAUAUAAACGAUAAGAAAAAUAUUUUUCACUCUUUUUUAGAGGAGCUGAAAAAUGUUAUUGAACAUAUUAAUAAUGUAAUAACAAAUGAAGAGAAUAACACAUUUUACAUUAACACCUUUAAAAAGAAAGAAGAUGGUCUUAAUAAUUAUAACGACAAUGAUAAUUGUAAUGGUAGUGAGGAUAACUAUUUGAUGAGAAAUAUAAGGAAUAGAAUUCCUUACUAUGAUAACAAGUUGAAGGUCUUAAUUUUUAACAGCACUACCUGUGACGCAUUUAGGGAAACAGAGAGAAGCCCCACUUUUUUAAGCUCGUUAGGAUAUAAUUCCUACCUAAAGGGGGAUGAAGAAAACAAUAUAAAUAUAGCAAACUCCUUUAGGUACCUAUGUAAUGCUAUUCAACAUUUACCAUUAAUAACUGUGAGUAAUAUUAAUGGACAGUGCCAUAAUUGCGGAAUGGAUAUCAUCCUUUCUACAGAUUUUCGUAUAUCUAAUAAUACCAGCAGUUUUGGAUUUGAUAAAACUUAUGCCGGGUUAUACCCAUAUGGGGGUAGCGUGCAAAAAUUGCUCCGACAUAUUCCUUUGAAUUAUUCAAAAUAUUUAUUAUUAACAAGUCAGGUAAUUAAUGCAUAUGAUGCAUUAAAAAUUAAUUUAAUUGAUAUAUGUAUAAAUAAAAAUGAAGAUUUCUUCAUAAACAAUUCAAAUAUUUUUUUUGAAGAGAAAUUAAAUAAUACACAAAAAUUUGCCAUCAUCAAGGAUAACAUAUUAAAACAUUUCAACAAUAUAUUUAAUUAUGAUUUAUUUCAAACGAAAAAAAAUGAUGAUAGUUUUGUAUUUACCCUUUUUUUUGCUUUCCAAUUUUUAUUUAUACCAACGCAUAUUUUACAAAACAUCAAGUUAAGUAUUAAUGAAGGGAUUCAACUAAAUGAUAUCAACUCUUAUUUGGAUUGUGAUAAAAACAUUUUUGAAAAAAACAUAAAUUCGUCACAGCGCCUGGACAUUUUAAAUUAUAUAAAGAGGAAAAGCAAAUGA